AUAGAGGAGCUGACAAAAAGAACCCGGGACCCCGGUGUUCUUUUUAUAUCAAGACGAAAAAAUACUCGUCCCAUACUUUUACGUUCUCGGGCGGCUGAGCUGCCCAUCAGUCCUGCUCCCCUGGCUGCUGGCGUACGUUACUUUCGACUCCUCCAAGAACAAAAUUAACCCUUCUCCUCCUUCUAUCUUUAGCUGACUUUGGCACCUGAAAAUAUGGCGACACCUCCGCAACGGAACCCGUUCUCAGAGUCCCACCUGGAAUCCGACGCUGGAGCAACCUUCGUUCUUGAAUCAAAAGGGAAGUGGUGGCAUGCGGGGUUUCAUCUGACGACGGCGAUAGUGGGACCUACAAUUCUAACGCUACCCUACGCGUUCAGGGGAUUGGGUUGGGUCCUUGGCUUCUUAUGUUUAACGGUGUUGGGAUGUGUCACCUUCUACUCCUACUAUCUCAUGUCCAGGGUGCUUGAGCACUGCGAAAAAGCUGGCCGCCGACACAUCCGCUUCCGUGAGCUCGCCGCCGACGUUUUAGGUUCUGGAUGGAUGUUUUAUUUUGUUAUAUUCAUCCAAACAGCUAUCAAUACAGGGGUUGGCAUAGGAGCAAUUUUGCUUGCAGGGGAAUGCCUUAAGAUCAUGUAUGAGAACCUUUCUCCCAAUGGAUCCUUGAAGCUGUAUGAGUUUAUAGCAAUGGUAACAGUGGUGAUGAUAGUUCUCUCUCAGCUUCCAUCCUUCCAUUCCCUCAGACAUAUCAAUUUUGCUUCUCUUCUUCUCAGCUUGGGGUACAGUUUCCUUGUGGUUGGUGCCUGUAUUCAUGCAGGUCUAUCCAAAAAUGCCCCUCCUAGGGACUAUUCCUUGGAAUCUUCAAGUUCAGCAAGGGCGUUUAGUGCCUUCAAUUCUAUCUCUAUAAUAGCUGCAAUUUUUGGGAACGGGAUACUUCCUGAAAUACAAGCAACUCUGGCUCCACCUGCUACAGGAAAGAUUGUAAAAGGACUGCUGAUGUGUUACACUGUAGCCUUCUUUACUUUCUAUUCUGCUGCAAUCUCUGGAUACUGGGUGUUCGGCAACAAAUCUAAUUCAAACAUUCUGAAGAGUCUGAUGCCAGAUGAAGGACCUUCCUUGGCUCCAACCAUAGUUCUUGGCCUUGCAGUUGUAUUUGUUCUCUUGCAACUCUUAGCUAUUGGCUUGGUUUAUUCUCAAGUUGCUUAUGAGAUCAUGGAAAAGCAAUCAGCUGACGUUAAACAAGGGAUGUUUUCCAAAAGGAACCUUAUCCCUAGGCUAAUUCUUCGGUCACUGUAUGUGAUAUUCUGUGGGUUUAUGGCAGCAAUGCUUCCUUUCUUUGGUGACAUCAGUGCUGUCGUAGGCGCUAUCGGCUUCAUCCCUCUAGAUUUCAUCCUCCCUAUGCUUCUCUACAACAUGACCUAUAAGCCUUCAAGGUCGUCCCUCACCUACUGGAUCAAUCUGUUCAUCAUCAUUACUUUCACAGGUGUGGGAAUCAUGGGCUCAUUUUCUUCUGUUAGGAAAUUGGUUCUUGAUGCCAACAAGUUCAAGCUCUUUAGCAGUAAUGUGGUUGACUAAGCAGCAAGCAUAUACACAAGGCUUAGAAAUUUCUGCUCCUAAAAUGUAAGGAGCAUUAAGUCCUUUUGGCGCAGCAAUGAAGUGUACCUUUCUUGUAUUUACUAUAAGUCAACAGCAUGUUCCCCUUUCCCCUAAAUGAUUUGUGUAGUUAUAAUUGAGAAGAGGCCGUGUAAAGUAGGAGUAGCAGUUUUUAUUCACCUGCCACUAUUUGUGUAAAAUAAUCCUGUCAUUUUGAGUUAAUAUACCUAACAUUUUCGGUUUGACAAAAAAAAAAAAAAACAAUUUUUUAGACAAUUAAAGUUACUUAAGUAGUACAAUAUACUUAUGUUGGCCAUUCUCACCCCUACCUGUAAGAUAUACAUGGGAGCUGGGGCAGGGG